CCUCCGCGCUCCCGCUAUGUUUAAAAGUGACACUAAUGCGCGUCCGCGUUUCUUAACAGCAACAUCUCCAGACUGCUCUGUGGUUAAACUGCAGACAUGGGCAACUGCAUGGGAGGCGUCUGCGACCGCCCGAAGAACACUAACAUUAAAUUGAGUUUACCUGCCGUGUGUUUCGUCUGGCAGCUGUCGAUGAUCAUUCUUUUUGGGGUGUUUGUGCGGUAUAAUGAAGAGUCAGAUACUCACUGGGUUGAGCACAAACAGGCACUCAAUAUCACAAGUGAUAUCGAGAAUGACUUCUACUUCAGAUAUCCAAGUUUUCAGGAUGUUCAUGUCAUGAUCUUCGUGGGCUUUGGCUUUCUCAUGACCUUCCUAAAGCGCUACAGCUUUGGUGCCGUGGGAUUCAACUUCCUGGUUGCGGCUUUCGGCAUCCAGUGGGCUCUUCUGAUGCAAGGCUGGUUCCAUUCUCUGGACUACACUGAUGGAAAGAUCAAGAUCGGUGUAGAAAACUUGAUCAAUGCAGAUUUCUGUGUGGCGGGUUGUCUGAUCGCUUACGGGGCUCUUCUGGGGAAGGUCAGUCCUGUUCAGCUGUUGGUGAUGACGCUGUUUGGCGUCACGCUGUUCGCUGUGGAAGAGUACAUCAUCCUGUCUGUCCUCCAUGCCAAAGAUGCCGGUGGCUCCAUGGUGAUCCACACUUUUGGAGCUUAUUAUGGGCUGUCAAUUUCAUGGGUUUUGUAUCGGCCCAAUUUGGAUAAGAGCAAACAUUUGAACGGGUCUGUCUACCACUCAGACGUGUUCGCCAUGAUUGGCACCCUCUUCCUGUGGAUGUUCUGGCCAAGUUUUAACUCUGCCAUUGCUGAUCAUGGAGACGGUCAGCACAGAGCUGCCAUCAACACAUAUCUGGCCUUGGCCUCCACCGUUCUCACUACAGUCGCCAUGUCCAGCCUGUUUGAGAAAACGGGGAAACUAGACAUGGUUCACAUCCAGAAUUCCACGCUGGCAGGCGGAGUUGCUGUAGGAACAGCAGCUGAGUUUAUGCUUUCACCAUACGGAUCUUUGAUUGUUGGUUUCUUCUGUGGCAUCAUAUCUACCAUGGGUUACAUUCAUUUAUCGCCGUUCUUGGAAGAGAAACUGAAGAUUCAGGACACCUGUGGCAUCCAUAACCUGCACGCUAUGCCAGGGGUCAUGGGAGGAAUUGUGGGUGCCAUCUCAGCCGCUGCUGCCACCACCACGGUUUAUGGAGAACAUGGGUUGCAGAAUACGUUUGACUUCACGGGGGAUUUUAAAAACCGUGUGCCUACUAUCCAGGGAGGAUAUCAGGCAGCAGGGCUGUGUGUGGCUUUGUGUUUUGGAAUCGGAGGUGGCAUACUGGUUGGCCUGGUUCUGAAGCUGCCCAUCUGGGGCGAUCCUGCAGAUGAAAACUGCUACGAUGAUGAGAUCUACUGGGAGGUUCCUGAGGAUGAAGAAAGCAUUCCUCCCAUCCUGGCCUACAGCAACCACAUGAUCCCAGACAAACAUGCAGACAUGAGAGAGACAAACUUCGUGGAGCAGCGUUAACAUCUGGAAUCAGAUCCGCAGUGAAAACAUCUGCUUUCCUGCUGCUGUCCCUGAAGAUAACACGCCAACAUUACAAACAAACUGACAUUUAUUUUGCUUGAACAUAUCACAUAUCUUUAUGAUACAUAGAAUACUUUAUUUUAUCCAGGUUGAGAUGCAAAUAUUUUAAAUAUAUCCCUUACUAUAUCUGCAUGUCAGAAUUCAUAUCACUCAGAAUGAUAAAGUAGUAAAAAGA